AUGCUUUGGCUCGACUCUACUUACCCAACCGACUCUACGAAGCCUGGUGCUGCCCGUGGUACAUGCGAUACCUCCUCUGGCAAGCCCGAUGACGUCGAAUCGCAGCAAGCGAGCGCUUCAGUCAUCUACUCCAACAUCAAGGUCGGUGACCUCAAUACCACCUACAGCAAAAAACACUCGAAACUCCAGGCCCUUGUAACAAGUAGUGCAUUAGGGGCCGGGGCGAUUGGUCGACGGCCAGAUCUGAUCGGGUGUUUGGCAUAG